CAAAAAGUCACAUUAGAGGAAUGCCAUAUCAGAAUGCUUUUGGUGACGUGUGUUUUUCCCCUAGCUGCUUUGGAAAUUAUGGAAAAAAAUCAAAUACUAAGGAAGAAAAAUCUAUAAUGAAAUUAGAUGUGGAUUUCUUUUUAUGUAUUCAGCUUGGGGCUUAUAAUACUUCCAGUACCCAAAGAGUGUAUUCCUUCUACUUACUAAAAAAAGAAGAGUUAACUCAAAAACAGCCUCAAGCAGAUGCUUCAGAAGAGAUUCCAGAAGGCGUUGUCACCAUAGAUGUCAGCUCCAUGCGUGUUAUUGCCCCUGAAUACCUUAAAUGGGACACGAUAGAAGCUCUGCCUGCUUAGGACUCUGCCCAGCCAGGAAGGAAACCUACAGGAGGAAGAAUGGCUGCAAGGUGGCUGACAGCCUGGUCACAGAACUCCGUGACCUUCCAGGAAGUGGCAGUGGACUUUUCCCAGGAGGAGUGGGCAUUGCUGGACCCUGCUCAAAAAAAUCUAUACAAAGAUGUGAUGCUGGAGAACUUUAGGAACCUGGCCUCAGUGGGGUAUCAGCUCUGCAGACACAGUCUGAUCUCCAAGGUGGAUCAAGAAGAGCUGAAGACAGAUGAAAGAGGAAUUCUACAAGGUGACUGUGCAGACUGGGAAAUUCGACUUAAAUCAAAAGAUGUAAUUGCUAUGCAGAACAUUCCUGGGGGGAAAACAUCCAAUGGCAUAAACAUGGCAGAAAAUCAACCUGGUAACAACUCCCUGGAGUGUAACCAUUGUGGGAAAUUCAGAAAGAACACUCUCUUUAUUUGUACAAGAUACUGCAAGGGAGAGAAAUGCUAUAAAUAUACAGAGUAUGGCAAAGUCUUCAACCAUCCCUCAAGUCUUAGGAGUCAUGUGAGCAUUCACAUUGGAGAGAACAUUCUUGAAUUUACUGAUUGUGGAAAAGCUUUCAAUCAAGAGUCAUCCCUUGGGAAACACUUAAGAACUCCCAGAAGAGAGAAGUGUCAUGAGUAUGAUCAAUGUGAUACGUCCUUCAGCCUACACUCUUCCUGCUCACUACAUGAGCAAAUACCUAUUGGAGAGAAAGGCAAUGAAUGCAGUGACUAUGGCACCCUUCAGAACUGUGUCAGAACUCACACUGGAAAGAGGUCCUAUGAAUGCAGUGACUGUGGGAAAGCCUUCAUUUUUCGGUCUUCCCUUAAGAAACACAUGAGAUCUCAUACUGGAGAGAAGCCUUAUGAGUGUGAUCACUGUGGAAAAUCCUUUAGCCAGAGCUCUCAUCUGAAUGUGCACAAAAGAACUCACACUGGAGAGAAACCCUAUGACUGUAAAGAAUGUGGGAAGGCUUUCACUGUUCCUUCAUCCCUUCAGAAACAUGUGAGAACCCACACUGGAGAGAAACCAUAUGAAUGCAGUGACUGUGGAAAAGCCUUCAUUGAUCAGUCAUCCCUUAAGAAACACAUACGCUCUCACACUGGAGAGAAGCCUUAUGAGUGUAACCAGUGUGGAAAAUCCUUUAGCACAAGCUCUUACCUUAUUGUGCACAAGAGAACUCACACUGGUGAGAAAACCUAUGAGUGUAAAGAAUGUGGGAAGGCCUUUAGGAAUUCCUCUUGCCUGAGGGUACACGUGAGAACUCACACUGGAGAGAAGCCUUAUAAAUGUAUUCAGUGUGAAAAAGCCUUUAGCACAAGCACUAACCUUAUAAUGCACAAGCGAAUCCACACUGGCCAGGAACUCCAUGAAUGAGAUGAUGACAGGGAAGUGUGUGUUGCCCCUCAUGCCUCCUUUCUCACUUUAGAACAUACAUUGCAGAGAAGCCCUGUUAUGGCCACAUGGAAACAGCCUUCUGGCCCAACUCUGGCUGGCUGUUACACUGGGACAAACCUUAUAAAUGUUAUAGCGCUGA